AAUUUACUACAAUUUUAGUCAUGAAUCUCUUUACACCGAAACAACGCGCCGAAAUAGUCACAAUGUACAAUGAAAAUCCUCGUUCAGUUGUGUUAAAGCAACGUGCAUAUCGUCGAAAAUAUCGUAGCAAACAGGCGUCUGACAACAAUACCCGUCAGAUCGUCAACAUACCGUUCAUCGACGGCCAAGACGUUCCAAUGAAUUGGUUGAAGCGGUCAGAGACAGCGUUGCCCAGAACCCAAAAGUGUCGUAUCGCCACCGCGCUCAGCAUUUUGGCAUCAGUGGAACCACGUUGCGGCGCAUUUUGAAGGAUGAUUUGCAUGUUUU